AUGGAGGGACUUUUCACCUUGCUCGCCCUGAGCAUUGUGAUGGCAAUUACGUCUUUUGUCGUCGGCUCAUUACCGCUCGCCUUUACGCUCUCCCCCUCACAGCUCCGAUUGAUUUCCUCCAUUGGCAUGGGUGUCCUGGUGGGCACAUCCUUGAUCGUGAUCAUUCCCGAGGGCAUCGAAACUCUCUACAGCGCCAAUGCCCGCAGUCGCAACCAGAUCCACACCCGCGAAACCAACGUGAACUGGCAGUACCAGGCACCGACCGUGGCCACAUUCACCCCCGAAAAUACAUUCACCCCUGGAAACAGUGCCUUGGACCUGGCGGCCACCCCUGUCCCAAGCCUGCUGGCCGAGAGGGAUGAGUUCCCCGCGUCGCAAACACUCUACGUUCGGAAGGAGGACUCCAGCGACACGGAGGAAUCACACGAGGAAAACUCCCCACAUGCGUGGAUUGGAAUCGCCCUCAUCAGCGGCUUUAUUCUGAUGUACCUUGUCGACAAGCUCCCCGAGUUUGCCUCCCCGACCAAGACCGACCGCACGCCCUACCACAUCUCCCUUGAUAACCUCGGGUCUGGACUACGACGGGGCUCAUCCCCUUCGCGCGAGGGUGGUUUGCUUGACGCCAACAACUCCCGGCGCGGGCACAGCUUUGCGACCACUACCGGCCUCGUGAUCCACGCCGCGGCGGACGGCAUCGCCCUUGGGGCCUCCAGCUCCGAUAGCGGGCUGAGCUUCAUCAUCUUCUUGGCCAUUAUGGUACACAAGGCGCCGGCCUCCUUCGGUCUGACAUCUAUCCUGCUCAAGCAAGGGCUAUCGAGCCGCACUGCCCGGGCGCAUUUGCUGGUCUUCAGUCUCGCGGCCCCUCUGGGUGCUUUGGCUACUUUCCUUUUCGUGCAGAUGAUGGGAUCUUCCAGUGCCGAUGAGGCGGGUACUCUUUGGCGGACUGGAAUGCUUCUGCUUUUCUCAGGUGGCACGUUCUUGUAUGUUGCGAUGCACACGAUGCAGGAGAAUGGGCCCGGAUCCUCGCCGCGCGAGCUGCCCAUCAACGGAUAUGGGGACCGGGACCAGAAUGGUUCGGAUAAGUCGAUGCGGGAUUUGAUCGCGUCUGUUUUGGGGAUGAUUCUGCCUCUGUUCUUGCAACUGGGGCACGCUCACUGA